UUCAGACAGUUCUGCAACUCCAAACAUUUCCUAAGUUCCUCUUCCUUCAAGUAGAAUCAUCUCCAGAGAGAUACAAGAAAUGGCACCUUUGAACAAACUAAAAAAUGUGCUAGUGCUGGCGUUUGACUGGAUUCUGUACGGUGCUGGUGUUACAGACAACUGCCAAGUCACUGUAACACAACCCAGAUUUCAGGAAGCUGACUCCUCCAGGAGCAGCGUGGUCCUAACAUGUGCUUUCUCUGCCUCUGGAUGUUCCCCGGCCCGACCUGAAGUUCUGUGGUUUCGCUUUUUAACUCACACACAUCAGGAUUUGUGUACUCCUGCAUGCAAAGACCACCAGAAGUACAAAGUACAUUUAUCAGAAAGCAACACUUCACUUGAGAUCAAAGACCUGACUGGAGAAGACAAUGGUGUUUAUAUCUGUGGAAUUGCCUUCUCAGAUUCAGAUUCGCCCCGUUCCAAACAAACAGGAGAUGGAACAGUACUAAUGAAAACAGGAGAGCAGCACAGCAAUGGAAAACUUGCCUUUACCUUCAUGAUCAUCAUCUCAUCCUUGCUGUUUGUGUACAGCUCCACUGUGUUCACCUUCUUUGUGGUCUACAAGUUAAAACCAAAGCUGCUGAAGAAAAGUGGAAAAGACCAAAGAACAGAGAACUGUAAAAUAAAUAGUGGACGAAAAGUUUUUCAAGCAAUAGCCCAAGAACUUCAAAAGCAGGGGUUUGCUGAGCACUGCCAACAGCCUGAUGACUUGGAAGCUGACACUGUUUACCAGAACAGAUGAGCACGUGCAGCAGUUCAGAUUUGUUUGGUGUUUGUCGUGCAAGCAAAGGGGCAGGUGAAGAAGUGAAGCUUCUUCACAGACCUCCUUUGCUUUAAAGGAAGGUGAAGAACAUUGCCCUGCAAGGUUUCCUCAAGAGAAUUUUCUAAACAGAUCACCAAACCCAAGGGCAUUGUGCAUUACACCUGUGUUACAUAUUCCAUUGUCCAUUCUGCAGGAGUGAAAACCGUGGGGAAAAAAGAGUUCACCUCUCAUAAGACAACUGCUGAUGCUUCAGAAAAGUCUCCUUUUUCAGUUUAGAUUUAAUUCUGUGUCUUUGUUUUCUUUUUACAUAAACUUAUAUGUAUUCUUUUUACAUGAAAGAUGUAUGAUAAUUGACAGCAACAGAAAAUAAACUCGUUUC